AAAGACCCGGAGGUAGUAGAGCAUUGAGGACAUGCCCGGGGCCCGUGGAUAUGAGUUUUAUCGAGAGAUAUUGGGGAGUCCGCAGUUGGUCGUGGCACCCAUGGUCGAUGCCUCCGAACUUGCUUGGCGGGUCCUCUCUCGACGCUACGGAGCUGAGUUAUGCUACACCCCAAUGCUGCAUGCCCACGUCUUCGUCAAAGAUGCCAGGUACCGAAAGGAGAAUUUGGCUACCUGCCCUGGCGACCGACCUCUUAUCGUCCAGUUUUGCGCCAAUGACCCCGACACGUUCGUGGCAGCGUGCCAGUUAGCUGCCCCCAACUGCGACGCCGUUGACCUGAACCUGGGAUGCCCUCAAGCCAUAGCUCGCCGGGGUCAUUACGGAGCAUUCCUUCAGGAAGACUGGGACCUCGUCAGGACUAUGAUGUCGAGAGCGUCAACCGAGGUGGACAUCCCCGUCACGGCCAAGAUUCGCGUUUCAGACGUGAAGCGGACUGUGGAAUACGCCCGGAUGCUGGAAGGAGCUGGAGCCUCGAUGCUCACCGUCCAUGGAAGAACCAGAGAGCAGAAGGGACCGCUUACUGGCCUGGCUUCGUGGCCUCACAUCAAAGCCGUCAAAGACGCGGUGAAAAUACCCGUGCUUGCUAACGGCAACAUCCAGUUCUUCAAGGACGUGAAACGCUGCCUGGCCGAGACCGGCGUGGACGGAGUGAUGAGCGCCGAGGGCAACCUCUACAAUCCGGCCAUUUACAACGACCGACAGCCGCCGGUUUGGGAAAUGGCCCUCGAAUACCUCCAUCUAGCCAUCCAGUACCCCUGCCCCACCAGUUAUGCCAGGGGACAUGCCUUCAAGCUCCUCCAUCACUGUUUCUGCAUGUCGGAAAACUUCGACCUGAGGUACCGGCUGUCGAAGACUUCGACGGCCGAGGAGAUGGUGGUGGUGGUGGAGGCCCUUAGGGAGAGGAUGAUGCCCUACCACACCAGAGACAAGCCGUGGUUGCCUGAACCAGGGAGCGAGCAGGCUCAGCUUCCGUAUCCCCCCUGGAUCUGUCAACCGUACGUCCGCAUACCCCCCGAGGAGCACCUCAAGAAAAUCCAGGACAGCCAGAAACGAGCGCAGGAAAAGAAACAACAGCAAGACGAAGUGACCACCAUGGACAGUGAUACUUCAGCCGGGAACGAAGUGGUGAAAAGGCCCAUCGUGGAAGACAGCGGAGAAGGGAACCUUUCCAAGAAGAAGAAGAAAAAGAUGGCCCGGAACCCCAACAAGAAUUUUGAUCAGGGAAACGACGCGUACGAGAAGUGCGUCUGCAAGAACCCGAAGGGUGGACGCUGUGUUCACAGCAUGUGCCGUGCUUGCUGCAAAACCAAAUGUUACACAGAGGGCCUUGACUGUCCAGGUCACCGAAUCCUGGUGAAGACUAAGCGAGAGAAAGCGGCCAUUUACUACGGACAACAACGGGCCCUUCAAGAGCAGGAGGCCGAAGAACAGCGAAAACGAGCCUUCGGAGAAGAGGACAACUGCAUAGCCUCGGAAGAAAACGGGAAUGUGAAUGGCCUGGGAGACCCCAUAGAAAACGGCAUAGACACAGAUGCCACAAAACUCUUGGAGAACAGUUGCAUAUCUGAUCUAGGGGAAGUUACUAAGAGCGAGAACACUCAGGUUUGCGGUGCUGAUUGUAAAAUUGUAAAACAGUCCACCUGACAAUAUUUUGUUACACGUCACGUCGGUCAGCUGUGAUGAGGAUUGUUAUUUUAUUACAAGCAUAUUGAUUUUA